UGUCUCCUGUAGAGUUCCUGAUCCUAUAAUUAUCCCCGGUGACAGUGCGCUGCUGACGGGCUGCUGCACUGCCAUGGGGCCGAGGAAAAGGUCAAAGAGAGAUCUGCAUGAACUGGACGAUUUCGUGGUUAAACAUGCACGGAUUAAAGAAUCUGUCUUGACCGGUGUGAGCGAGCGCACCUUCAUCGCCGUGAAGCCAGAUGGCGUGCAGCGGAAACUGGUGGGGGAAAUCACACAACGCUUUGAGAAGAAAGGGUUCAAACUGGUGGGCCUCAAACUAGUGCAGGCGUCAGAGGACCUCCUGAAGGAACACUACAAGGACCUGAGCAGCAAACCGUUCUUCACAGAGCUGGUGAGCUACAUGAACUCUGGACCAAUCGUAGCCAUGGUGUGGGAGGGUUUGGACGUGGUCAAGACGGCACGUAAGAUGCUUGGAGAGACCAACCCCGCUGACUCUCUGCCUGGAACCAUCCGAGGAGAUUACUGCGUGGAAGUGGGACGGAACGUGAUCCACGGCAGCGACUCGGUGCCGAGCGCUCAGAGGGAAAUCUCUCUGUGGUUUCGACACAACGAGCUGCACUGCUGGGAGGACAGCAGCAGCCGCUGGAUCUACUGAAACCCUGCUGAGAUUACACCGUCCUGCUGCUGACACAAAGCUUUAUGCAAGAUCCCAUCGUACCUCAGAUCAAUCUUAUUUGGCUUUAGUAGCUUGUAGACCCAAGGGAGACGAGGUGUCAUGGAUGGAUCUUUUUAUUAACCCUUAGAUGCACGAGUGACUGGACCCUACACUCUUCCAUAAGUGGGUUAAAAAGGACCCGUAUUAGAAUAAUAUAUGUUUUUAUGCCAUUUUUGUCA